GGUAGGUUACACUGGAUAGGGGGAAAGCAAAAGGUGGUGGAAUUUCGCUUCACAAUUCCACCGAUGGAUAGGGGCAGUGCACACGAGACAUAGACACGCGCACUAAUCGCAAGAUCUUCCGAGGGAAACGAAGAAGCCAUCUACAGCGAAAUGAAGAUGUUAGGAUCGUGCACUUACACGCGUGCAUCCGUAUGUAUCGACACAAACACACACCUGAUCCAGUUUCCAUUACACAAGGACUGGUAUAAAUUAGGCACACGAUCGACAUUUAGUGCGCGUAACGAUAACACUGGGUGUGGAAGGGAAGGGGAAAACAAACGGCAAAUGAACACAAUUUUAAUGACACAGUGUUGCACACGCCUCGUAUUUCAAGUGCGAUAAAUAUGCUAACAACAUAAUGUGUUAAAAACAAUGGCAAUGGAGACAGAACAGAAAAAUAGUAUAAAUGCAGCGAAAAGUUAUAAAGCAAAAAAAAACAACACAACACACACACACACGAGGAGCAAAUCAACACAAGCACAGAAGCAAAUCACAAGUUAAACAAAAAGAAGCAUGAAACCACGCAAAAAGGGAAUAAAUCAUGAACGUAAAGAAAGUACAAUGCAUUGUAUUAACUGUUAAAUGUUAGGUGAAAACUCGUGAAAACGUGUGAGGCACGCUAAGCGCGUAUUGGAUUGUAGUGAAAACGUGAGUAGGCUUUAAGCAAAAAUACGUAGGAAAGGAAAAGUAGGCACGCGAAACGAAACCGAAACCGUUGAAUGUAUGAAGAAACAAAAGAAUAUAUAUAUAUACAAACACAAACAAACCAAACAACAGAGAGAGAGAUAGAGAGCGAGACGAGCGUGUGACAGAGUUUUUGGAGAAAGCGCGUUAGCGAAACAAGAGAUGUAUAGAAACAAAAGAAAAGAAGAGGAAGAAAAACAACCCAAACUAUAUAUUAUAUAUUCCCUGCUGCAUAAAUACGGAAAUGUUAUAUUACCUGCAGAAAAAGCUAUAUUUUUAUGGUGCAGUAGUGGACAGACACAGAAAGCAAAGCGAGCAAACAGGCAAACAGGUGUGCAAAGAAACAUAUACAUGAGACAAAAACCAAACAAAUAUAUAUGUAUUUAAGCAUAAAUGUGUUACACAGAGCGUUAACCUUUCACGGUACAACCAAACCGUUGGUGGUACCAAACAAAACUAAACAAAACAAAGCAAAAAACACUAUAAACGGAACAUUUUUACGGAACGGAAAACCGAAGCCAUAUCCACGAUUCUCUCGCUCGGCUCAACA